CUGGUGACUGCAGUCAUGCCUCGCAGGUAUUGUUAGCGGGGCAUUCCAUCGCACAGCUUCCUCCGUCUUCUUCCCACAAACCACCAUCCUACCAUCCGACAUUCCUAAUACGAAUUGCUUGUAGCGAACAAUUGCUGAGACAUAUCAUUACUACAAUUGCUCAACAUCAUCUACAAUGGAUGACCAAUUUGGCGGGCGAACCGACGAUGAUCUGUUCUACGAUGACUUUGAACCCGUCGAAAGCGAGACUGUCAUCAUCUCUGAGCAGCCACCAGUAACGCCCGCGCCUACGAGAUCACCCGCGCCUGUGCCUGUCUCCCGGCCACAGAAGAGCCCUUCAAAGCCAGUCCAAGGUCUCUCGUCUUCACGAUUCGCCGACAGUCCAGAGCCUCCCGAGCAGACGAUAUCUCCAGUCGAUGCGCCAGCUGAACCCGCAGAAGCUGCCCCUCCCGCUGCGAGUGGGCCGCCCUCAGACGCGCCAACCGCUCCCAAGAAACACCAGAAAGGGAACGGCAGGAAUCACAAGAACCAUGAAUACCGCGCGGGGUCUGGCGCCAAUCCUCGGCAAAAGCUUACAGAAGAUGAGCUUUCGGCCAAGAUGCAGCAUAUGAAGCUACUCAACGCGGAGAAGGAGCGCAAGUUCGAGCGAGCUUCUCAAGACGAGAAGCAGCAUGCUGAGUCCUAUGCUAGAGGUAUGGAAGAGGCACGCAAGAGGCGCAAGGAGGCCGAAGAGCGGAGAAAGCGUACGGAAGAGACCCAACGAAAGCUAAACGACGAGCGUGAGAAGAAUAGAGAGCGGAAGCUUAAAGCUAUGGGCGCAAAAGAAGGAGGGUCCUGGGACGAGGGCAAAGUCGAGCAGCUCGAGGAAGAACGUCGCAGGGGUUUCAAAGGUGCGAACGGUGGAGUCAGAGGCACGAGACGAGGGGGCUUGGGCAACAGUCGCUUCGCUGAAGAUGAUGCGCCCGACGUCGAUCGGUUCCUCGAGGAAAGGAGUCGUGGACGAGGUCGUGGCAGGGGAGGUCGUGGGAGAGGUGGGCGCGGAGGUCGCGAUAGCCCAGCCAAUGAACGUGCGCCCACGAAACCGCAGGCCGUCCCCACAACGGAGGAUUUCCCUGCGUUAUCUACGAGCAGCAUCAAGGAGCCUGAGAAGGUGACGGCUGCUGUCUCUCCUGCAUACGAGCCUGGGAAAGGCGUUGCUUGGGAUGAGGAAAUGGAAGCUCUCGACGCCGAAAAGAAAAAGUACUAGGGAGACCUCGGCGAUUGGGCUGACCAUGUGGAAGAGGAGCUUGCGCUGGCUUCCGGUGCAUCCAAGGUUCAAGAGGAUCCCGGACUAUCAUCAAGCACACCCAAGGCUGAAGAUGACGUUGGAUUAUCGUUC